UAAACACAUAUCCUUUGUUUAAAGCUCAAUUAGAAUUAUUGGAAAUCUCCAUCUCUUGUGUGGCUUUUGGGCAGUUGUCUCCCCAAGAUGGCAAAGCAAUAGGAGAGGCAAUGCACCCUUACUAUGCCAACUGCUUGACAUGGGCAGCUGUAGUUUUUUUACAUCCAUUUUCAUCCCACAAAAUGUUAAGAUGCAGUGAGAACACUUGGUGGCGCUGCAGGAUAAGAAAGUAAAGUAGAAGGCAGUUGGCUCCACUAACAGGCAAAAAAAAAAAAGAGGAAAAGGAAAAACCUCCUGAAGUCUGGAAGCCUAGAGAAGCUCCUGACACUCAGAGAGGAGGUCUGUGCCCUUGGGAAAGGACUGGAGUAAAUCUCAAGUAUCUAGUGAGAUAACUACUGUACCAGAUACCAGGGGGACUUACAGCUUUGCAGAAGCAUUCUCCAGGACUCUGCACCACCACAAAGAAUGGAGGCCAGCAGGAAGCUCACUUGCAGACAAAGGCAAGUCCAUUUUUCCUUCUUCCUACUAGGAUUAUCUCUGGUGAAUGCCGGGGAGCUGAGGCACUAUUCUGUGGUGGAGGAAAGAGAGGGUAGGUCCUUUGUAACCAAUUUAGUAAAUGACCUAGGUCUUGGGCAGCUGGAGUUCUCCAGUCGAGGGGCUAAGGUCGUUUCUAAAGGGAACAAACUACGUUUACAGCUGGAUCAGGAAACAGGGGAUUUGCUGUUAACUGAGAAGGUGGACCGAGAAGAACUCUGUGGACACACAGAGCCAUGCCUGUUACGUUUCCAAGUGUUGCUAGACAAUCCCUUGGAUAUUUUUCAAGCAGAUCUACAAAUAACAGACAUAAAUGACCACUCUCCAGCAUUCCUGGACAAGGAAAUCAUGCUAACCAUAUCAGAAAGCAGUCUUCCUGGGGCUACAUUUCCUCUGAAGAAUGCCCAGGACAUGGAUGUGGGCCAAAAUGGUAUUGACAGCUAUCUUGUCAGCUCCAAUCCCUAUUUCCACGUGCUCACCCGGAAACGCAGCGAUGGCAAGAAAUAUCCUGAGCUGGUUCUAGACAGAGCACUGGAUAGAGAGGAACAAGCUGAGCUCAGGUUAACCCUUACAGCCCAGGAUGGUGGUUCUCCAACCAGGUCUGGCACCACCGAGGUCCACAUUGAAGUCCUGGAUUUCAAUGACAAUGCCCCCCAAUUUGAGGAGCUUCUUUAUAGGGUACAGAUCCCUGAGGACAGUCCAAUAGGCUUUCUGAUCACCACCGUCUCAGCCACAGAUAAGGACAUAGGAGUCAAUGGACAGAUCUCCUAUUCACUUUUUCAGGCUUCAGAUGAUAUUAGCAAAACCUUUUCAAUCCAUCCCUUGACCGGGGAGGUGCGAUUGAAAGAACAACUUGAUUUUGAAAAGACUCAGUCCUAUGAAGUCAAUAUCGAAGCCAGAGACGCUGGAACCUUUUCUGGAAAAUGCACGAUUCUGACCCAAGUCGUGGAUGUGAAUGACCACACUCCAGAGAUUACCCUGUCUGCAUUUACCAACCCCAUCCCGGAGAAUUUACCGGAAACUAUGGUGGCAGUUUUUACUGUGUCUGAUCUAGAUUCAGGAGAAAAUGGAAAAAUAACUUGUUCCAUCCAAGACGAUCUGCCGUUCUUCCUAAGGCCUUCUGGGGAAAACUUUUACACCCUAUUAACACAAAAACCGCUGGACAGAGAGACAACAGCAGAGUACAACAUUACCAUCACAGUCACCGACCUGGGCACACCCAGGCUCACAACCCAGCACACCAUAACUGUGCAGGUGUCUGACGUCAACGACAACGCCCCCGCCUUCACACAAACCUCCUACACCCUGUUUGUCCAGGAGAACAACAGCCCCGCCCUGCACAUAGGCACCAUCAGCGCCACAGACUCAGACUCAGGCUCCAAUGCCCGCAUCACCUACUCGCUGCUGCCUGCCCACGACUCACAGCUGACCCUGGACUCGCUCAUCUCCAUCAAUGCCGACAACGGGCAACUGUUCGCGCUCAGGGCGCUGGACUAUGAGGCCCUGCAGACCUUCAAGUUCCUCGUGGGCGCCACAGACCAAGGCUCGCCCGCUCUCAGCAGUCAGGCUCUGGUGCGCGUGCUUGUGCUGGACGCCAACGACAAUGCGCCCUUCGUGCUCUACCCGCUGCAGAACGCAUCUGCGCCCUGCACAGAGCUGCUGCCCAGGGCGGCGGAACCAGGAUACCUGGUCUCCAAGGUGGUGGCUGUGGACCGCGACUCUGGCCAGAACUCCUGGCUGUCAUUCCAGCUGCUCAAGGCCACAGAGCCAGGGCUGUUCAGCGUGUGGGCUCACAAUGGCGAGGUGCGCACCUCCAGGCUGCUGAGUGAGCGCGAUGCUCCCAAGCACAGGCUGCUGCUGCUGGUCAAGGACAAUGGCGACCCUCCCAGGUCUGCCAGUGUCAUUCUGCAUGUGCUGCUGGUGGAUGGCUUCUCUCAGCCCUACCUGCCUCUGCCCGAGGCGGCGCACGAACCUGCACAAGACGAUGAUGCACUCACGCUGUACCUGGUCAUCGCCUUGGCAUCUGUGUCUUCGCUCUUCCUCUUGUCUGUGCUGCUGUUCGUGGGGGUGAGGCUGUGCAGGAGGGCCAGGCCGGCCUCUCUGGGUGGCUGCUCUGUGCCUGAGGGACACUUUCCUGGCCACCUGGUGGAUGUUGGCAGGGCGGGGACCCUGUCCCAGAGCUACCCGUAUGAGGUGCGUCUGAUGGGAGACUCUGGGACUGAUGAAUUCAAAUUCCUGAAACCCAUUUUACCUAAUUUCCAAGACCAUCCUCUUGGAUCGGAAACGGGAGAAAUUUCCAACUGUAGAAAUGACUGGGAUUUCGGCAUUCAGUUAAAAUAACUGUGUUUUGUGUUU